AUGUGUACACAGUGCUGGGUGCAGCAACCGAAGAGACGUGAUGCGAGCCGCCCAUUCAAGACAAUGCCCCCACUCCGGGUGCAGGAGAAGAAACCGUUCGAAACGCUGACCGCAGCGGACAACUCCUACUCCCAACCCGCCAUCGACCUUUCGCAAAACGAAACUCCCGAGGAGAAGAACCACUUCGAUCGGGUCGAGCAGGAGAGCAAGGAGAAGCAGAUGCGAUCGCCAUGGAUGCGCCAGGGCAGCGAUGAACCGCCCGUGAAAAAGAAGAGGAGCGCCGGCGCAAUGACAAAGGGCAAAUUGCUCACCACUCCCUCACGCAUGUUGAAGCUCAUCCUGCCCCUCACCACCCGCGACACCAACAACGAGAGGAAAGACAUUGAGCCGCUGGCGCUCCUCGUACAUCCACAACAGCCUCUAAGCUAUCUCGAGCGUUUGAUUCAGAGCGAGCUCCCGCCGCUUGAAGUAGAUGGCAAGGAGCGAAUCCCCACCGUCACCUUCCGAGCGCAGGACUCUUCCGACGAGGAUGUCAUGUCGGGCACCCCUGCCCCGGAGGAGCUGGAGAAGGAAGACGAGAUUGAAAACCCCGACGAGAUGAACAUUGGCGGCAAGACGGCGCGCACAGGCAAGAUCUCGUCCCCCUCGUCCGACUCGAAAUCGGACGUCAAGGAGAAGGAAGACUCGGUUGCUCGCAGGCGAGAGAAGAAUCAACCGGCCGACCAUCGACACCCGGAAUUUGUCCGCUGGAGCCCGUCGACGGAAAUCGGCGACUUCAUCCGCGACGCGGCGAGAGCCAAGGAAUUCGCCGUGGACAUUGAAGGCGCGAGCGAGGCCAUCUACAUCGGUGUGCCGUCCUUCGACGACCGGACGUACUACCUCCGAAUGCGCCUGCGCAAGACGUCGCGGCAGAUUUUGAAGUUCGCAGACAUCAAGAGCGAGUGUGACAAGAUUGCCCAGCGAGGGGCUCAACGCGUUGCGCAGGGCGGUUUCGUUGGCCUCAUUGGAUGGUGGGGCAUGGUCUACUAUCUCACCUUCAAGACCGACCUUGGCUGGGACGUGAUGGAGCCCAGCGCGCUCUAUGAGCAAAAGGGAUUCAAUCUCAGGUUGUGGGAGGGAUUGGUGGAAGAAGCGAAUCGACUGAGGAGGGAGAUUAAGAUGGUGGCCGAUGAGUAUGACGUCGAGUGGGAUGAGAUCAAGGACGAACAGGACGAGAGGGUUGCGGAGGCUUUGCGCGAGGAGAGGAAGAAGAAGAAUGGCAAGGACAAGAAGGAAGGCAAGGAUGAUGACGACAAGGACGAUGAUGAUUGA